AAGAUGUACUUUCACGCUACAAUCCCGUCAACAGACGCCGUCUGGUUCGCCUCUUGGGUUCCUAGUAGCGUAGGAGCGGUCAUCGGGACGAGCAUCGGUUUGUUCUUGCUCGGUACGGUGUCUAGGUUGUUGUUGGCCGUGCAAAGGGGUAGCGAGUGGGCUUGGAAAGAAACCACGUUGAAGCGAACCCGAUCUCCCCCUUCUCACCUCGGCCUGCCAAAUCAAGAUACCUCUUCCUCGACCUCGUCGGAGCUCAACCCCGUCCAUUUGCGAUCUCGAUCAGAAGAGAAAAUUCAACCUGUAGACGAUACCCCCUCUACCUUAUCACUACGCCCACUCGAUUACCCCCCUAAUCUCACUCCAAGCGCCGGUACCGCUGUCGGCCAUCUUUCAGACCUGCACCGACGAAAGCCCGUCACUCCACUUUCCGGGCUCGAAAAGAUGUUCGACACGAGGUCCAAGGCGGGUGACCGGGACCGUUGGGCCGUCCCGUUCGUCUGGCAGAACGAUAUCCCCAGGGCCGGAUUGGAGAUGUUGAUAAGCACCAUUCAUUAUCUGCUGAUGCUGGUAGUAAUGACCUUCAACGUAUGGUUCUGCGUAUCAGUGGUGUUAGGGAUCGGGUUCGGCGAGCUCUUGUUUGGUCGACACGGAAGGCGGCAUUAG